GUACCCGCCCGCGAGCCACCGCGGCUUCCAGUUCGGCAGGAAGCAGGAGGAGGAAGGGCUUAUGUUUAUUCAUCAGGCGAAGCGCAGGGUGACUCGUGAAGAAUUGGGAGCCAGGACCCGGUUUGGUUUUGUUUUGUUUUGACUCUGUGGCCUAGCAAGAGGCAGUUUCCUUUCCCGAGCUGCUGACGUCUUCUUGCCUGGACUCAGUCAUCCUCGGAGGACUGGAGGAAUGCAGCCGAUAAAUCCGUAAGGUCCCUGUGUGCCGCAGGCAGCGUCAGAAGCUGGCUUCACCUUCCUCCCUUUGGCACCUUGGAGCUGGGCUUCUUCUUAUUACCUGCUCUGGAUACCCUUUUAGCAGCGCUAUAGACCAAAGGAGAUGGAAGAAAAGGAACGAUGUGACAAGUUCCAGCUGAAAAUGAGUUGCGUGCCAUGGAAGGGUGACAAGACUAAAUCAGACUCACCAGAACCACCCCAGCCACCACCACUACAUAUUUACCAUGAGAAACAACGUAGGGAGCUGUGUGCCCUCCAUGCCCUCAACAAUGUCUUCCAGGACAGCAACGCCUUCACUAGGGAAACCCUGCAGGACAUUUUUCAGAGGCUCUCUCCCAACACCAUGGUGACACCCCACAAGAAGAGUAUGCUGGGGAAUGGCAACUACGACGUGAAYGUCAUCAUGGCAGCGCUGCAGACCAAGGGCUACGAAGCGGUUUGGUGGGACAAGCGCAGAGAUGUUAAUGUCAUUGCCCUGUCUAAUGUGAUGGGCUUCAUCAUGAAUCUGCCCUCCAGCCUCUGCUGGGGUCCCUUGAAGCUCCCCCUCAAGCGACAGCACUGGAUCUGUGUCCGGGAGGUGGGAGGCACCUACUACAACCUCGACUCCAAACUCAAGAUGCCCGAGUGGAUUGGAGGUGAAAGUGAGCUCAGGAAAUUUUUGAAACACCAGCUGAGAGGAAAGAACUGUGAACUUCUGCUGGUGGUGCCGGAGGAGGUGGAAGCACAUCAGAGCUGGAGAGCUGACGUGUGACCUGGAGCAACUCUGUCCUCUCACUACAGCUCCUCCCCCUCACCAAACUCCCAACGUCCUGCAACCUGGAUAACGGGUGCCCCCGGUCUUCUCUUCUGGAACUUGCUUUUGUUGGGCUCUCUUCUUCCCUCUUGGUGCAAUAGUGACAUAGGAUAUUGGGGAAGGUGUUGCGGGGAGAGAAUUAAAGGCAGAGUGGAGGAAACUGGAAGCCAAUCACUUUAAUUGCAAAGGCAAAUGAGCUGCGUGCUCUCAAGUGAACUAGAACGCAGCGCGCUCUUCAGACCUGGGCGUUGAGGCCGGGGUGCCUGGAACCUGCUGGCCUCCCCCUCCCCACGCCUGCAAGGCCGUGUGUGGACACCGCUCCCUGUGCGGCUCCCGCCAGCUGCUCUGGCUGGAGUUUGGCCAAGGGAAGCGCAGGGCCAAGCACCCUCCUCAUCUUCACGAGCCUCUCCCUUUAGAACAGCAGUGAAGACGUUUGCGAUUCAAAAGGGUCUCUCAGGACGCUCUGAAACACUAGGAAUCUACCAUGCUCAGCACAGCUCUGCUGCUUCGGGGUGGUUCGCGCCAGGAGYUAGAGGACAAUAACAAAAGCAGUGUCAUCUUUCAAAAAACUUUUUGGGAAGCUGGAGGAUUCUUCCACAGUGUCUCCAGGGAUUUACGUACGUAGUGGAGCAGUGGUUUGGCAAUAUGCGGCCGGCAAAAGCAGUGUGGAAAGAAUAGCACAGGCUAAUUGAGGAAUACUGAGUUUCCAAGCUGAGAAAGGCUGCAGUCUGCUUGGCUUUCUCUGCAGUGUUGGGUGGUUUUGCUCCCUUUAAAAUCUGAUGCUCUCUUGGUUUCCUGCAUGGUUACCCAGUAGCUCAGGGGUUGCUUGAAGAAGGGAAUAAAACUGAGCGCGAUUUGAGAGGAAUUCAUUCCCUGUUGUUCUCCUCUUUCCAGAAGUCCAGCCUGUGGUAGCUAAAGUCACACAGACUGCCCCAAAAGGAAGCUCAAGUUCUGCAGGAAACUCAGCUGAGGAUGGAAGCCUUUAUGAUGGGCACUGUCUCCCUUUAUAUAGCUCCUAGCAGCUAGCGUGGGAGAUGCACAGGGUCCAAGCCGAGUCCCUCGGCAUUAGGGACACUCUGGCACAGUCGCUGAACCAGGUUCUUUGUGGUAACUGACAAACAUUCCGUUGUGUCACUUUUUCCUCUUUUCCUUCCUGGGAAAAGUGACUAGAUGGGGAGACUGUAACYGGAGUCUCCAUCUGCUGUUUCCCUGUAACCUGGGUGACCUUUAGCUCAGUUACUCCUUUUGCAGCAGAGUGAGGAAGUGCUGAAGUUCAAAUGGAUUUCACGUGUUUGGAGCUCGCUGGCUGUUCUGUCCCUCAUACAUCUGAUGUCUUCUCUUUUUAGCUGGUAGUGCCUGCAGAGCGAUGGAGCYGAGAUCCUGCUCCGUUCACAGUGUUACUGGUGUUUGAGCUUUUGAAAACAGGGUGGCUUGAACUGCGUUGUUUCUCAGCUUCCUUGAAAGCUCAGCAACACGCGAGCUGGUGUCUGCAGCGGAACGGGAGGCCACCGCAGCGGGGCUUUCACAGAAAAGGGGCCCCGUGGCCGCAGGAGGGGGAUGGCGGGUGCUGACGCGCGGACAUGCAGCGAGCGCCGGCUCACCGUUCUGAGCACAGCCACCUGAAGACAAGGGCACGUGGCUCUUACGUUUUAAAAACGUAUCGUUUCUACAAAAAGUCCUAUUUCUUAACACAUUCCAAUGACCAAUACCAGCUGGUAACCUUUUUAAACACUUUAUAAGCCGAGUGCAAGGGGUGUGGGCUUUCUGCUCAUGACUUGAAGCCAUUUCUUCAAGAGGGGAAGGAGAAAAAUGAAUCUCAAAAGCAACAUAUUCUAUGUUGAUUAAUAGCGCACUUUGGAGAAACGCCGUUUGCAUGAAAACUGCAAGCCA